AUGGAUGUCGAAGCGCUACUAGAGCAGCUCACGCUGGAAGAAAAGGUGGCCCUCACAGCUGGCGUCGGGUGGUGGCACACAGCGACCAUCGAGCGCCUAGGGAUCAACCCUAUCCGCCUAUCGGACGGACCUAACGGCGUUCGUGGCACACACUUCUUCGACAGCACACCUUCUGCCUGCCUCCCAUGCGGUACUGCAAUCGGCGCAACCUUCGAUGUCGACCUCGUCACACGCCUUGGCCGAUUACUGUCGGAUGAAGCGCACGCAAAGGGCGCCCAUGUCCUUCUUGGGCCUACAAUCAACAUCCAGCGCGGGCCACUGGGUGGGCGUGGCUUCGAGUCAUAUUCCGAAGAUCCGCUGCUGUCGGGCAUCCUCGCCGGUCACUAUGUGCGCGGUUUGCAAGAGUCAGGCGUGUCAGCCACCCUGAAGCACUUCGUAUGUAACGACUUGGAGAGCGAGCGCAUGGCUAUCAACGCGCUGGUCACAAAUCGCGCCCUGCGUGAGAUAUACCUGCUGCCAUUCAUGAUCGCCAUCGAGACGGGCAAACCCCGAGCUAUCAUGACAGCCUAUAACCAGGUCAACGGCUGCCACGCGGCAGAGAACAAACUGCUUUUGCAGGACAUCCUCCGUAAGGAGUGGAAGUGGGACGGACUCGUCAUGAGCGACUGGUUCGGCACUUACAGCACAUCAGAAGCCAUCAGAGCUAGCCUCGACCUCGAGAUGCCGGGGCCGUCGCGUUGGCGCGCUGGCGCCCUCUCCCAUGCCAUCAUGUCCAAUAAGGUUAAACUCUCUGAGCUGGACUCGGCAGUGCAAAACGUCCUGAAGCUGGUCAAGCACGGCCUGGAGAACACGACGAUCCCACCGAAUGCGCCGGAGACUGAGGCCAACACCCCUGAACAUGUUGCUCUGCUGCGCGAGGCUGCUGCCAAGUCGCUGGUGCUCCUGAAGAACGAUAGAAACAUUCUUCCUUUUGACCAGAAUAAGAAGAUCGCCGUUAUCGGACCCAAUGCAAACAUCGCGACAUACUGCGGUGGUGGCAGCGCGGGACUCCGGGCAUACAAGACAGUCACGCCUUUAGAGGGUGUGAAGUCUCUGGCGAGUGAUGUCGUAUUCUCACAAGGCGCGUACGGUCACCAAUCCUUGCCUCUUCUGGGUAAAUCUCUCAAGACACCAGAUGGCAACCAAAAAGGAUUCGUACUCCGAAUCUACAACGACUGCCCGCCAAAGGACACCAAGCGUGCGGCCGACACCCGCCAGCCGCUUGAGGAACGCAUUCUUGAUGAUGCCAACAUCUGGUUCGUCGACUAUGAGAACGCCGAUCUGGCUCCGAUCUGGUGGGCAGAGACGGAAGGAGUGCUGGUCCCGGAAAAGUCAGGGGAGUGGGAAUUCGGCCUGUCAGUGCACGGCACCGGCGAGCUGUUCAUCGACGACAGGCUAGUCGUGUCGAACGUGGAAAACCAGCGCCUAGGAAGCAGUUUCCUCGGCUGCGGGACGGUCGAAGAGACGGGCAGCAUGCAGCUGGAAGCUGGACAGAGCUAUCGAGUUCUGGUCCGGUUUGGCUGCUCCGCCACCAGCAAGGUGAAGGCAUCAGGCACCGUCGACUUCGGUCAGGGCGGUGUCCGCUUCAGCGGAUGCCCAAAGCUCGACCCAGCAGUCGCUAUCCAGGAGGCUGUGGAUGUUGCUAAGAGUGUUGACCAAGUUGUUGUCUGCACUGGACUCAGUGGCGAGUGGGAGUCGGAGGGAUUCGACAGGACAACCAUGGCGCUGCCCCCCGGCACUGAUGAGCUUGUCGCGGCCGUUUUGGCAGCUAACCCUAAUACCGCCGUCGUCGUCCAAAGCGGCACUCCAGUUGAUAUGCCGUGGAUCGACCAAGCCGGUGCUGUCCUCCAUGCAUGGUUUGGUGGGAAUGAGUGCGGAAAUGGCAUUGCCGAUGUGCUAUUUGGCGAGGUCAACCCGGCCGGCAAACUCCCACUUACGAUACCUCGUCGGUUGCAAGACAACCCCGCCGCGUUGAGUUUCCGCUCAGAUAACGGUCGUUCACUGUAUAGCGAGGAUGUGUACGUCGGUUACCGAUGGUACGAUACUCUCGACAUCACUCCCUUGUUUCCCUUCGGACAUGGCCUGUCAUACACCAUAUUUGAGGUUUCCAGUCUCGAGAUAGAGAAGUUCUCGAGUCAGGCCACCAAGCACACCAAUGAGCAAGUCAACGGUAGCACAAGUGUGACCGUCCAGGAGCAAGACAACCUAAGCGUUCGUGUCAAGGUCUCCAACACGGGAUCUCGCGCUGGUGCAGAGGUGCUCCAGGUCUAUGUAACGCCUGCAGCGCGAACGCCGCUCACAAGCUCGAACCGCGACACCAUCACCCGGCCCACCAAGGAGCUAAAGGGCUUCACGAAGGUGUCCCUCGAGGCCGGAGCCAGCACUACGGCGGAGGUCACGCUGGAUGUGUUACGUGCGACUAGCUACUGGAGCGAGAUGGAAGACUGUUGGCGUAGCGAUGCUGGCUCGUACGGCAUCCUGGUGGGCACGAGUAGCCGAGGGGAGUUCCUUGAGAAGACGGUCGUUGUUGAUAAGACGAGGAAGUGGAAGGGCCUGCGAGCUUAA